AAUUGACCAAUCAGCGCGGGACCGUAGAUAACUGUGGCCGAACUGGUUUCUCUCCCCUAUUCAGAGUCCAACUUCCAGCUUCGAAUAAAAAUCGAAAAAUACAAACAGGCGGAUUAAACUUCGCGGUUUAGAGGAUAUCGUGUGUUUGUUUGGAUUCUAAAGGAGUCAGAAAUAUCGAGAACGCUGGGUUUGAGUGGACAAUGGGGGCUCCCGAAGCGGACGAUAACAACAAUUGCUAGGCUAGGCUAGGCUACCAAAUAUUUCACUACGGACGAGCCGACCGAGGUUUGGGACGAAAGCCCGUCAGCAUGUGGAUGGUGGGCGAACAUGGAAGGAUCGUAUAGAAUGAGUGUGAGAGAGCUGUGCGAGACUGAUGAUCUGGCCACAAGCCUGGUGCUGGACCCCUUGCUGGGGUUCAGCACUCAUAAGAUGAACAUAAGUCCCCUCCCGGAAAUCCGGCGAUGGGGCUACCUGAGGGAGACCCUGCUGCGGUUCAAGCGCACCAAGGACUUUCAGGCCACCUUUGAUGCUCUGCUGGACGGGGAGUGGACCAAUGGCUACUUCACCAACCUGGGCACCCACCGACAGGAGCUCCUUAAACAGCAUAUGUACCGUUACCUCACUGCAUUCCUGUUGGACAGUGGAGUGCAGAUUGAGUCAUGUGACCGGUAUUCCUCAGAGACCAAUGGAGCCAAAAUCACAGCAACAAGACUCUGGUCGGUUGGAGAGCGGGUGGAGGUGCUGCAGGGCUGCAUAGCCGAGCUGAGUCCGGCCGACAGUGCGGUGCUGAGGACCGGGGUGAAUGAUUUCAGUGUUAUGUACUCGACGAGGAAGCAGUGUGCACAGCUCUGGCUGGGGCCGGCUGCCUUCAUUAACCACGACUGCAGGCCAAACUGUAAGUUUGUACCUGGGGAUAAGAAUGGAGCAUGUGUGAAAGUGGUCCGGCCCAUCUCACCUGGGGAGGAGAUCACUUGUUACUAUGGCGACAGCUUUUUUGGGGAGGACAAUGAGAUGUGUGAAUGUUGCACCUGUGAGAGGAGGGGAGAAGGAUUCUUUAAGCACAGACUGGAGAGGCUUCCUGAGUGGGUGGGCCCGAGUGAUCCGUUAGGCCAGAAAUAUAAAUUCAGAGAGACUGAUCUGAGACUCAACCGUGAGAAAGGGAAUGGUACUCCAUUUCUCACUGUAGCCAAUCCAGCUUGCUCUGUAAGGAAUUCCUUUUCCCAGCAGAUGAAGAGGAACGCCCCUACAGUGAGCGGUAAGCUGACAAAGACUAAGAGGUGGAAAAGGGAGGAGAGAGCCAGACAAGCUGAGAAGAGGCAGCAGUAUCUUCUUAUGUCAUCCUAUUCUCAUUUCAAUCUGAAGGACUUAAACAUUUGCCUGUACAAUCACAAGGUGGACUUCCUCUUAAACUGCAAGGACCCUGCCAGCAAGGAAAGAGCUCUUCUGCAGAAGAUCGAGAGUGAAAGACCAAAACUGGAGUGGAGAGAAAACAGACCGGACCCUUCAGCACUUACGGAUGUUGAACUAAAGGGAGGUGAGGAAGGACAGGACCGCUCUAAUUCUAACAACUUGUCGAGUAGAAAGGCUGCUGCUAAAUUGAACUUAAAACCCUUCACUUUGCAAACAGUUUCAACUGUUUGCGAUAAAGGAUUUUCGAAAGCCAAGGGACGGAACUUGGGAGCUUCGGGCGUUCGAGUUGUUCGUCAGAUGGCCAUUUCUUCAAGGACCAGGCAUAUGCUGCGAAGUCGCCUGAGAGGUGUUCGACCCUUUGACCGAUCUAAGCUUUCUGCCUUGAAUAAAAAGAGGGUCAAAAUAAACAACACGCAGACGUCAAAGCUUCAUAUGAGCAGCAAAGGCCGUUCUCAACCGAGAGGAGGGGCAGGAGGAGGACAUGGGAUCAGAAAGGGCUUCAGAUGCAUUUCAGUAAGAGGAGACAAGUCACACUUCAAAAAAUACACUAGUCGGAGGGAAGCAAAUGCAGGCAAGCCAUUACAAUCCCGGAUCUCGCGAAUGACCACAAAGGAGGAACAGCAUGGCUUCGGGAAUUGUCACAAAGAGAUGUCUGACAGCGGGAAACACAUCGCCAGCUCCAGUGCUGCUAAGGAAGGGGAUUUCAGUUCCCUGAUUGCUUCAGAGACCUCUGGGGAGAAGGACGAAAAAAACAGACCUUCUGUUGUUUCUGGCAGCCUCGAUGUUACAUCCUCCCUGCCCCCUUCCACGAGUCACUCUUCUGUCUCUCCCUCGUCAGGGUUGAAGCGUUACGUAAAAGUCAGUCUGGUCAGAGUGUCUCUCCCAGGAGAGCCAGCAGCUGGUAAAGCAGAUGAGGGACAGGCUGAGAGAGAAGCUAACGCAAAUCCUGCUAGAACAUCUGCAAAGACGCAGAAAGCUAAGUGCAGAGGAGGCAAAGGUAUCACUAAAGCUCAAGGUAAGAAAGGGGUGAGGGAAAUGUACUUCACACCAGUAAACAUGGGAAGUGCAGACAGGUUGAAAAUGACAUGUGAUUUAUUAAGUGGCAGAGAUGCUGUUACACCUCAAAAUUCUGUAAAGGAAAUGCAGGAAGCACAAUCGGGAAGCACAGAGAUUAAUGACAAGCAGGAAAGGCCUGAGGGCAAAAAGAUAGAAAGUAAUGAUGAAAGGGUUACUGUUAUCUCUGCUCAUGUUAGUAUUGAGAAAGCUGUAAAAGAAAGUGAUGAGUUUGUGACUGUUGCUGGAGGUAAGAACAGAGGACUUGCCACAAGAGGUCAAACAAAAGAGAAAGUCAAAGGCAUAGCUGAGGGGCAAGAUAAGGAAAAGAGUGAUGCUGAAAGGCAAGCAGAGGUCACGGGCCAAAAAGAUGAUAUUGCACAGAAGAAGACAGACUUUUUGUUACAGAUUGGGAGCAAAACUAUUGUCCUAAAGGAGGCAAGAAUCCUCUUACCUGAUGUUUUCAAGAACUUAGGCAGUGAGAUGACCAAUCAGAAAGGGUACAGCUCUGUACUCAGGAAUUCAUCACGUCGUAUUCAGAAUAAAAAAGAGACUGAUAAGUUAGUAACCCUUGCUGCUAAUAGUGAGAAGAAGGACUCAAAUGUAGGCACUGAUCUAGUGAAGAACAACAACAAUGGGACCUUAACUAAAAAAAUGUCCCAGACUAAUGCACAGAUCCUGCGUUCUGGUGACCAGGGGGGUGUACAAACAGCCAAAAAGCGAGGAGUGGGCGUUACUCAGCUCUCGUCAGAGCUCAUCUCUCCUGUUAAGGGUAGUUUGGACCACAAUUCCCAGAGUAGCAUCCCUUUAAAGAAACGGGCAUUUCGAGAGUCACUUGAAAAUGAUGCAGAUCAGGAUGUGAUUGUGACUGCAGUUGAUUCCCAGUGUGCCGGUAAACUUGUAAAGACCAAGUUGUACACUCAGUUACCUAUGAUUAAAGCGAGCAAUAGUGGUAAUAAUAAUGAAGGUCAAAGAAACAAAGGUCAGAAGUUGCCUUUAGACUCUGUAGACUCAGGCGAGGUCAUGGGACUAAAAAAGCGCCCUACAGCCAGGUCGUCUAAAAUGUUAGCACUAAAGAAGCUGCACUCCAAAAAAGGCCUUGAAACCGAGCCCACAAACGCUCGAAUUCUUCGAGACAGGAGCAGAACAGGUAACAUGCAGGCAGAGAAGAGCUUAAAACAUAACAGGACAUCUACAAUUACAUCUGAGCUGGGGGUUAUAGAAGAGGGUGAUAACACAGUAAAAGAAACACAUGAGGGAAUAAGGGAGGGACGAGGCGGCAGACAGACGAGGCAAAAAGUAGCACAGGAAAAGGCAGUACAGAUCGAGCAAGGAACAACCGAAAAUGCACAAGCUAAUAGUGAUUUGUCUGCAACAGAAUCUUCUUUUAAUACAGAAGAUGAGCAGGGCUGUAACUUCAAAAUUCGUCUAAAGAGAAAGAGGGGGGCGGAAUGGGAAAUGGAGAAUAGACCCAAAGGGGAUGGUGCAGCGGAGGAUGCAGGAGGUCCAGCACUGUGCACAGAAGACAUUGACCCCUUUAAAGCUAUUUUAGAUUCUGUAGCAAUUUUAAAUUUGGAAAUGGAGAGGAUUCGAGGUCACGGAGAAGCAGACAAAAGUGUAGGACUGGAGCAAGCCACUAAAGCUGUGCAAGAUGUCUUGGAACAUUGCCGUAAAGAAAGCACUGCCAAGCCAAGGAAAAGACGCAAAAGAAGACCAGCAGUUUCUAGAAUUGACAAAGAAAAGGAUACCGGACAACAAAUCACUGUUCAAGAUAUAAGUGGGACUCAGGGGACUCUUGGGCGACAGAAUGUGCUUAUGAAAACUCUCAAGAAGGAGACAGAUCUUGCAGACAUCAAACCUUUGCCUCUGCUUCGACUACGUCGCAAGGCUGAGGGAAGUUGGGAGGUGGAGGACGGCGAAGCUCCGAAACAAGAUGGAAACCCAGGACCAGUGAAUACUGUUUUGAGGGAGCCAAGAGUGGUGACGUGCAACUCUCCGGAGAGAGCAGUAGUGUUGGGAGAGGUGCCUGUCAGAAAAGUCAAGGAGGAGAAUCUGUCUCCUUGCCAACACCAUGCAAUAGCUGGCAGCUAUGACAGGGUUCAGGAUUUCUCUAAAGGUGCACUAAACUCAGAGCAUUUACCUCUGUCCUUAUCUCUGUCCCCCUUGUCACUAAAUUCCCCAUAUGCAGAAGGACUGACUGAUGCAGCCCGUCUGAAUAGCAGUUUUGAUCUGAGAGCAAGGGCUCGGGAAACAAAUGUGCCAGAGAAUCCAGAAAAGGUCGAAAAGCCCAAGGCCGGAGGGGUUAUUAGGACUGAGAGCAGUGAAAGGAGUGAAGUUUGCUUGAGUCAAAACUUAUUACAAAUCAACAAAAGCCUCUCUAAACUUCAAGCCAUGAGCAGCCAGCAGCCGCAGCCAUUAGAUAAAAGCUUACCUGCUUACAAUAGUGGAACUACCUCCUGUCCAGCUCAGUCCAAGCCCUUGUCUCCUCCCACAUCACCUUUCAACACCGAGUGCACCUUUUCAAACUAUUCUGAGGACAUUUUAGAUUUUCAGUGUCUGAAUUUAGAAAACUAUGAUCAAACGAAUGCACAAAGUUCGUUAACAGACUACUGCCCUGGGGAACCGCAUAACACCGGAUCCUUUAGUAGCCCCUUCUCUCAAAGUCCAGCAGAUGGGUGGAAUGCAGAGACCCCUUACCUUGGCUCUCCAAGCCCUGGGAGCAACUUUAGUACUGCGGAAGAUCUGAGCUUUCCUGACCUUGGCCUUACACGUGAUGAAGCAACACCGUUAAGCAGUGGACCAUACUUCUCUUCCAAAGAAAAGACUCUCUGUCCUGAAACAAGUUCCGCAUCUGCUAAAGAUUCUGACAGGAAUCAGUACUUUCCUGAUGUUACAUCAGGAAACAUGUCAAGGCGUAACGUGAUUUUCCAGACCAAGGAUGAUACUGCAACUCCACUGUGCUUGGCAGAGAAAACGUUAAGCAACCAAAGGGACUUAAUCAUGUUUAAUGCAUCCUCAAAUACAAAGCAGAGGGUGCCACUCCCCUCUCGCCCGCAGUCUCAGGAUAAGCUGCCUCUUGAUAGCUCUAAGAGUCUGUCAGCCCAGUCAGACUUUGCGAGAAUUCAAGGAAAGGACAAAGCUAACUUCCUUAACUCCGUUAAUAAAUCACAGCCUCUCUUUUUGGGCCAGUCAGCACAUAGCCUGUACAAUGCUGGAUCGCAGGGUAACCCUGUGAAACCCUUCCACUCCCUUCACACAGGAAGCAAAGCCACUGCGUACUCAGAGUUGCCAGUGCCUCUCAAUCUUGGCAGCACCCUUCUUCGUGGCUACGAGAAGAAGCCAAUGCUUUUCCAGAGUUCAAACAGUUUGGUGAAAAUUGAAGGACACAGCCAGAACAUUUGUAAAAGUUCUUUGGGAAGUGACCCCAAGUUUUCUUCAAAGCCUCAUAGCAGCAAGUCUGAGCUUACUGACUCUGGUCCAGGUCCGUCAGGUUCACACAGUCGCAAAGACUUACCAGCCAGCUGUCCUCAGAGUGGAUAUUUAAGAUAUUCGGACAGUUCCAGAGCAGAAUCCAAGACUGUUACUUCAAACAAGGGACUACCUAAGCUCCAACCACAGACUGAUCGAGUGUACCCAGUUUACUUCCUCAGCUCCAGCAAGACUACAGCAAGCGCUGUGAAGACCACAUCUGUAGAAAAGACACAAAACCUUAGGGUUGACAACAAUCCCAGUAUUCUUCCUUCAUUUUUUCCAUCUAAUUCUAUCCUUCAAAGUCAUAACGUACCCCAGAGUAAAAACACAAGGCAGGAUAAGCCUCACGCUGUGGUCGCCCCCAGCCAGAACUCUCAACUCUCUGUUCCCCUUGACAGAAACCAGCUAUGCUUCUCAAACUGUGAUCCUUUAGACAUGAACUUCAGCUCCUCGCUUUCCUCCGCCGUUUCACACGGCAGCCCGCAAGUAGGCUACAGGGAUCCCGUGGCACAGGACAUUCCGGCGACCAAAGCUGCUCAGCCAUCCUCCUUCGUGUGCAAUCAGUCCACUCACCCAUCCUACGUUGUAAACUUCACCGGUGACCACUCGGUUACCCUGGACUACAGCGACGACGGGGAGUGCUUGAACUACUCUUCAUCAGUGCCCACGAAUUACACGUACCAUUGCCUCAUGGAGCCUUCCGGAACUCAGGGAAGGCUUAUUUUAGAACCGUGCGGCCCCUCUAACAUUUCACAUUCACCUUCUGUGGGCAGCUUUGCAGGAUCUAAAGGCCUGCCGGAGCAGACGAGUAAGGAGUCCCAGCAGCACGGGCAACCCGGUUGCCAUUCGGUUAUUUCGCAUCACUUUCCGUCAUCGCACUCGCAAAGCACCUCUCUGACGGACCGCAAGCCUAAGAGACUGAGGCUAGUGGUAACUGAUGGUACAGUGGACCUGGAUCUGCAGUACACAGAUUAAAUGAAGACUCUUUUAUGACUAUUCUGGUUCCAGAACUUAUAUUUAUGAUGAUGCAAAUACGUUCUUUUUUUUUUUUUUUUUUUUUUCCUCUCUCUAACUAUAUAUAAAUAUAAAAAUAUAUAUAUAUAUAUAUAUAUAAAUAUAUAUUAAAAGUACUUUUAAAUGCAUUGUGCUUAGCAAUUCUGACAAUAAGCUUUUUCUUUUUUGUAUUUCUUGUAAAAAAAACAAAUAUUUCAAAAGAUUAUUUCAUUGCCACCCAUAUUUGAUUGUGUCGUAGGUUUAUGUAAACCAUUGCAGUUCUCUCUUCAGUAGUUCAGAUCAGCCACAUGAUGGGGGUGUUAGACUGUCUUGUGGAUAUCCUUUCUCAAUUCCCUCAUCACUCUUCUGGUUAAAUGAGUGUUGUUUGUUCACGGGGAUGUAGAGCUUAAGCAUGUGUGGCAUGUUUGACUUGUUCUGUUUGUGGACCAAGGCAGGAAGCCUGUGUCUUUUCUUUUCUUUUUUCUCAACAAGUCCCAUUUUCAUCCCACCUCCUAUUCAGCCAGCCCUGCUUUGCCAGUUUGCAUUAAGAAGCACCAUCAAUAGUCAAUAACGCACAAACGACGAAUGUGUAGCUUGUGACGGAGCGAGUACCUUAGACGUCACCCUGUGUUCCAGGCUGGUUCCUCUGAGACAAUACUGCUGUCACAUACAUGGUAACUCUAUUAGCUGCUACCAGCUACUACAUAAAACAGUAAUAAAAGAGCCAGUUUCUUUAACACUGAUUCAACACAGGCCUUGUCCUGGACUAAUCUGCACAAUUGCUACGUUCAUAUACCUAUUUGCAUUUCAGACUCAGACACUCCAUGAAACAUGAAGUACACACUUCCCAUUUGUAUGAUGUGUAUAAGUCCUACUAUAUGAAAUGGGUCCAUAAAACUAAGGUAAUGUUGGUGUUAUUUUUCAGUCAUACAAAAACAGAUUGUAACUUUUUUAAAAUCUUACUUUAGAUUCGAGUUGUUCUAGGCCUGUCACAAUAAAAAAAUUGUUUGGACUAUAUGUUGUCCUCAAAAUAAUUUAGAUAAACAAUAUUGUUCUUAAAUUAACAUGAUAAUGUAAUAAUGCAUAAUAAUGCAACAAAGCUUGAUGCAAGAAGACAUUGGAUUUGGAAUAUAAAAAAUAUGUUUAAAUAUUCCAAGUAAUUGAAAUAUAAAAAACAUCAAAACACUGUUUUUAAACUUUUAACAAUCAACAUAUUGGCUCAUACACAUUAAUGGGCUCUCCUGGCUUAUUGAAGUCAGCAAGAACAAUUGAAAAAUGUUAGAUAUGUCCAAAUAUUGUACUAUAAAUCAAUAAUUUAAUUAUUGUGACAGGCCUAAGUUGUUCUUUACAUUCUGUCCAAAAUACAUGAUUAUUGGAUCAAUAGAAAUGCUCCAAAAUUACUUUAGGGGCUUUUUUUUUUUUUUUUUUUUACAUUACAAGAAAAUGAAAAAUCUUCUUUUUAAAUCUGUCAAAGUUGGUGUUUGGGGAAAUACUAAGUUAAUAAACUUGGUGUUAUUACUCUAGAGAUUGAUCUAGCUCAAUCUAGCGUGAUUGUAUGUCUAACUAAAGGGGUUCCCAACCUUGGUCUGUGGGGAACUCUCUGCCCUGCACAUUUUAUUGUUACCCUGCCUUCAACACACCUGACCCAUGCCUGAUUUGCCUUUUGGGAAUGACAGCAAAUGCUAUUUUUUAUUUGGUCAAUUUUAUACUGUACAUUUUACGUUGACCUCCACUGAAAAUCUUUAAUGAGGUGUUUUUCCCCCUUCUUCUUUAAAGAUGUAGUUUUGGAGAAUCACAGGACAGAUUCUAAUUAAUUUAGUAUUAUUAUUUUUUAAAAGAAAUAAUCAUAGUCAAAUCUGUCCAAUAAAAAAGGGUUAAGAGGAAUUGCCAGUGGACAAUCCUCCGUUUUUUAUAGAAUUUAUACGUCUUGCUAAAUGAGAAAUGCUGCUUUGUGGUACAGCCACCCCCAAUCCAGCCAAUCAGCUCAUUAUUAGCAAGAGCCUUCCUGAGUUGAAGCAGGGCAGCGGGCUCUCCUGAGCCUGGGUUGGGAACCACUGUUGGCUGUGGGUUAACUAAUUCUGAUGCCCCUGGUGAUAGGAUUUUUUUUUUUUUUU